GUGAGCUUUGAUGUUGAUGAAGCUGCAGACCACGCAAUAGCCCUCCACGACCUUGUGGUGAGCUGCAGACCACGCAAUAGCCCUCCACGACCUUGUGGAGCCGUGAAGAUGUCGAAGACAGGAUGGUUCCGACCGGCAGGGGUGUUCGAGCAGUUCAUGUACGAGCUGUACAGGGACCACGGGCUGGUCAUCAGCUACGUGCUGCGGGUCGCUACGGCAAGAGAAAUAACUGGCGAUGACGUCAAGGAGGUGUUCACGCAUCUCUUCAGGAAAACCAUCAACCUGAGGAUGGUCCCUGAAGAGCGCGACGGCGAGCUCUGGCUCAGGGAGCUGCAGCGAGAAGACAUCGACUUCCAAACGGUGGAGGACGCGGACGUGAACGCCGUGUAUCACGACAUGGGUCAGUAUCGCUUCAACCCCGAUGGCCCCAUGUGGGCGGGCCGCUUCCUGCCUCGGGCGCCGAAGCAGGACGAGUUCAUCACCAGCACCACGAUGGAGAACACGGACGAGAAAUUGAAGAAAUUGCCCUACGUGAGCCACGUGUUGAUGACAUUCCACCACAGCAUAGCAGACGGGUUUACGUGCCUGCGAAUUACACGUCACUUCUUGAUGUUACUUGACGAUGUGUUAGCCGGCAAGCCAAUUGAUGACUCUGAGCAAUACGCCCAGAUGAUCGACAUCAAAAAGCAGACUACAGUACUGGAAGGAGUGGAACGAACUCUCAAAGCAGAUCCCGAUCUACUUGAAGCCCGACUGCAAUCUCUCGUGGAUUCUGUCCCAGACGCUCUACUGAGCAAGGUAUACCCGCAGCCUUCGAAGAGAACUCCGAGAACUGUAAGUCUGCCACACAUUUUAGACAGCAACACUACAGCAAAAUUUACAGCCCGCUGCAAGAAAGAAGGGAUCACAUUCCACACGGGAUUCUGUAGCGUGAUGGACGCUAGCAUAGUCAAGACGCUACAGGAACGUAACUUGAUGCAGGAGACCUACAGGAUUGCAGGCCAUCAUGCUAUCGAUCAACGCUGCUAUUUCAACGACGUUGAAAACGCCUACGGCAUUGGAAUGGGCAUCGUAGACGUGACCUACGAUGUACCGAAGGACGUCAUGGAGAAUUUUUGGAGUCAUGCGAAAAAGUAUCACACGAAAUUUAAAGACCAACAGAACCGAAAAACCAGCAUCGAGCACCCAGUUAUAGAAAAGCUGACGGGACAGAACCCAUUUUUCCUCAUAGAUUCAGAGGGUUUGGAUUCUCCUCCACCCAAAAUAGGGACUUACGGCACUACGAACAUGCGAGACGUGACCAAGUUCAUAGGCAAGUGCGGCGAUAAUGUCGACCUGAUCUACUAUGACCGCUUCACGUCUGUGCAGGAGUUGUACUUCAACUGGUGCAGCACCAUCCAGACCUUCAACGGGCAGCUCAUGCACUCCAUGCAGUACAACACUCAAUACAUAGAGGAAUCGCUGGCUAAAAAAAUUGCCCAGUCAACGUUCCAGAUCCUGAGAGAGGUUGUGGAUAAGCCUUAACCCUCUACCGCAGAAUGUCACUCUCCGGGAACAUGACUUUCACUU